AUGGUGAUUUCCAGAGACGUCGAAGAGAUUGUCUUAAAGCUCUCGUCCGAUAAAGCCAGGACACGAGAAGAAGGGAUAAAGUUGUUGAAUACAUGGUUAGAAGGAGAAAGAUCGAUUGGUUUCUGUAAAUAUCUUGGAAAGAACACUGCAGAGCUUAUUCCAGAUGAGAUUCCUCAGUCUGAAACCUGGCCUUUUUUCACUAAUAUGCUCAUUCAGUGCACUUCGUUGGAGAUAUCCUCAAGCAAGCGACCAAAGUUGAUAUUUGCAAAGACUCUACGGGUAGUGGUUCAGCGAGCAGAGGAUGAUAAUUUUUCAGGCAAGCCGUUGCCAUUGUUACCUGUGGUUAAAAAUCUUUUUAAUCAUAUAUGGGAGGUUGUAAAAAAUGUCACAAGCUUUCAAUCGGAAUAUGGGAUUGUUCUCCGGCAUCUAUUGGCUGUCAGAGAUUAUCGAUUUCACAUGAGGAAGGACAUCUAUUGCAAGCUGGUGAAAAAGUACAUGAAGUUGGUAGAGGACAGCUGGGGUGGUAAGAAUGAUAAUCAAUAUCAUCCCAAGGAGGAGGUCUUUCGCUGCAUUCUUACACUCCAUGCGCUUUUGGAGAAUCCGCCUGGAGAUUUCCCACAUAAUCUCAGGGAAGACAUUGUUAAGCGUUUUGUCAAAAUUUUCUGUUUCAUUAGGGAUGAGGGAAAGAUUUCUCGAAAACUUAUUGAGUGUAUCAAUACAUUUUUUAUUAAAGAUGGUCCAAAUUUGGAUUGUGAAUCCUUGGAGAUCCAUAAUGCCGUGCAGCAAUUUGUGUUCCGGUAUUGGCUGACAACCCAUGAUCGAGCCCUUAAGGAUGUACUUAUUCUUUAUGCAAGGUUACAGCUGAAUAUUACUAGAGGUGCUACUGAUGGGAGCAUUUUGGUACAUCAACUUCUAGACAUAGUUUACAAGGAGCUAGAUCAAAGCUAUAUAUCCAAUGCUAAUGUGCCUAGGACUGAUGCAACUAAAGAUGACAAGUUUGGUACCUUGAGUAGCUCACAUUGUGGUCUGGUUGAGCUUGCAGCCGCUGUACUUUAUCGGGCUUGUACUAACAUGACUAAAGCACCAUCAACUGAAAAGCGGGUCAAGAGAGAGCAUGCUGCUGCCCAUUUAAGAGAGGCUCUCAUGAAAGGAAAAUGGUUGUGGAAUGCUUCAUUUUGUUUUCUGACUCGUAAAUACCACACACGUAUUAGUAAGGAUAUUUUCAUCUACUGGUUCGAGGGCAUAUGCACAAGCUUUCAAAGAAUUUUGAAUGAUGCAAAUAUGGUGCAUGCUUAUGAUGGUUUGCUCUGGACCCUGAGGAGCUUGCAGGAACUCUCUUCUGUGUUGCUUUCAGAUCCGAAGCUGAAGAAGCCACCAAGCUCCUCGUGCUUGAAUGAGUUUGAUUGUGGUUGGCAAGUUGUGUGGACUUGCCUGAUGCAGGGGUUGCCAUUGUUCAGUAAUGUAACUCCAGUUGUAGAUGCCGCUAUGGUGCUCCUUGGAAACAUAAUAUCAAAUGAUCUUAUAUACACAUGUGUUGUACCUCAGGAUGUUUGGGAUCUUAGGUUAUUUAAACAAAUGCCAUCAGUGUCUGUCUUGUAUUUUAUUUCAUGUUACUUCUCAAAGAAAGUUUCACAAGGUGAUGUUCGAGACAUUUUACAUCUGAGAAAAAACCUCCUGAGAUCAGUUUUGGGUCAACUUAAAUGGAUGGAGUCUUCUGUGCUUAAUGAGCAGUUGGUGUUAUUGUUACCUGCAGCUGUUUAUUCUUUGUGUGCUGGUAGUGCUCCUUUUGCUCAAUGCUGUAAAGAGCUUCCUCUAUCUUACUCUUUUGUAGAUGUUACUGAGGCUUCAGAGAAGCCAGAAGAAUCUGAGCACAAUUGUCUGCAUGGGCUAUUUGACUGCACUGUGGAAGUUCUCGCUAAUAUUGAUCCCAGCUCUAGCGUUGAGGUUUUCCCCUCCCAAACCCAUCCAAGUGUAUGGCUCCCCACGCAGAUAAGGGAUCCACUGCUUUUUGAGAUGGAGACCCUUAUUCUUGAAGCUCUAGUAGACAAGGAGAUGGGAAAGAGACCUCUAUCUGAUGCAUUCUUUAUAUGUGCUCUAUUGUCAAACUUCAUCUAUGGUUCAGUCUUGACGAGGCAAAGAGAGGAAGCUUCAUCAUUCCUUUCAAAAUUGGGCCAAUACCUUUUAGAAUGGCUCAACUGUGCAGUUCAUGUCACCCAAGGAAACCACAAUGAUUUUCUGGCUCUUGGUUGCUUGGGCUCUGACUUUGCCUCUAAUGGAACAAGCUCUAUUGUUGCUUCCUUAAGGAGUUUUGUUUACUCCCCUAUCUUCAGUAGGUGGAAAGAUCAAAAUCAUGUGGAUGUUGAACUUUAUGGUUCCAUCAUCCAAUUGAUGGAGAGGCUUUUAAAAGCACUGGCUAAGGUGUAUGAAGUUUACGGUAAUGGUUUAAGUAGUCAUAAGUAUGAUGUGGCCCUGCAAGACUUAUCAGCAUGUGAUAUCCAAAUACAAAAUUCUUGUCCUUCUGGUAGCCAGAAAAGUAGGAUUGUGGACAUGGAGUUGGAUGUUAAUGAAGAUUCCAGAGAUGUGGAUGUAUUAACUGUUGGUGGUAAAAUUGCCAGUAGGGUAUCCUCUUCUGUAGAGAAAUGGAAGCUGGACAUGAUAUUGCUUAUUUCAGAUUUUUUCCCAGUUUUACACGUUACCUGGGAUGUCCUGUUUGAACUCCUGUUGAAAGAAAGUGAUCAAAUGGUGCGGGAAAAAAUUCUACUUAGUCUUUGUCAACAUCCAUACUGGUCAUCUCCUGAAAAUGUUACAGACAUGGUCAGUUUAAUGAAUGAAAUGGUUAAGAUGAAAGUCAGUCUUAAACUUGAUUGUGUUAAGAUAUUAUCUGCCAUUCGUGGUUUGCUGGGCACUUUAUCAUCCUUGGACUCUAUCAGGAAGGAUAAAUUUGUCAUUGUCUCAUUGGGGCAAAGAGGAUCUAAGCAGAACUUGAUGCAUCUUGGAGAUGUGGUGAACAAAGUUGCUGAAUGUGAUCUUCUUGACUGGUUUGGACGUGCCAAGCUAAUUAAUUGCAUAUGCGAUUUUGUUUUACUUAGUCCUCAAAUUGGUCAGACACUGAUUGAAAGGUUGUUGUUGAUGCUCCAAGAUCCUGAUUAUCGAGUCCGGUUCUCCCUGGCCAGACGAAUUGAUGUUCUUUUCCAAACAUGGGAUGGACAUGAGGAAUUAUUCCAUGAUAUCUGUUCCAACUUUGGUGUGUUGUUGGUGUUUCCCUCAAAAGAAAAACUUGUUGCUGCAAGUGAGGUCGUAGCUGUCGGUCCACAGCCUCGUCCCACAAUGGAAACUGUUAUUAUCACUCUUAUGCAUCUUGCUUUGCAUAGUGAGAAAAUAGAGUUUGAGGCUGUGUUCAUGAUAUGUGUGGUUUCUGCUAUUGAUCCUGGUCAGAGGGAAUUGGUUGUCGCAGUACUUGAUAAUCUCUCCAGGCAGCUGCAUUAUACAACUAGGUUUAAGUACUUGGAAGAGCUUAUGGGAUCAAUUCUCUUUUGUUGGAUUGCUUGUGGUGUAAGCCUUGCUGCUCUUGUUGAGAUAAGGCAAUUAUUUGUAUCAGAUUCCGAACCUAGUUAUUUCAUGCAGUAUUGCUGCCAUUGGCUUCUUCCGGCUCUACUUCUGCAUGGGGAUCACUGCAAUCUCAGCUGGGUUGCUAAGAUUGCUUGUCAACCUCUGGAAGUUCUGGUGAAAAAUCACUUUGUGCAGAUUUUUUCAGUUUGCAUGGCAUUGCAUUGCAGUAAGAAAUCUGGGUGGGAAAAGGGAGCAGAUGUGCUUCAGAAUUCAAUUUUGCAUCUUGCUCAGAUAUCCGAGAAUGAACGAGACAAAAUCAUCAAGAAAAAUAUGGUAUCUAUUGUCAGCCACAUUCUGUCUCUUUCCUCGUCUGCAUCAAACCCUGCAGUUCCAUUCUUUUCUAGGGACACGAUUGCACGUGCAAUUCAGACAGUUGUUGACGGAUUUUUGGAGAUGGAGGAUGAUGCUACUAGCAUCUGUGUUGUUGACAAGAUAAACAUUUUUCGCGCAGAUAGGGUUUUCAUGUUUAUAGUGGAACUGCAUCAUAAGAUUGCAGCAGCAACCCACCAUAGGCAUACAUGUCACCGACUGACUGGAGUUGAGGUGCUUAUAGAUAUUCUUGGGUAUAGAGCUGCUGUUGCAAGCACUUCCAAUUAUCUUUUCAAUUUGGUUGGUCAAUUCAUUGGUUGCCGUGCUUUACAAGAUCAAUGCUGUCGUAUCAUUUCUGCAUUGCUGAAAACUUUUAAAAGUAAUCCAUCCAAAGAAAUUAUCAGUGUUCUGGGUGAGCAACUUCAGUUUUUAGUGUCAAAGUUGGUGGCAUGUUGCAUUCCCACUGAAGCUAAGGGAGAACAAUCUGGCAGCAGAUCAUCCCAAGUCUUGUCUUUGCUCCUUGAGCUCACUGUGGAUUCUGAUCCAUCUCUUCAUGAUUACAUCAGAGAAUUGGAGCCCUUCCCUGAAAUAGAUAUCUUUGAUGGGAUUCGGAAGUUCCAUCAGGAUUUAUGCCGAGCUUACUCUCCACGAGAUCAUUUGUUGAAGUUUGUUAAGAGAUCUUGCUACCUUCCGCCAAGAUUACUUCUGUGGAGUCUCCAAGCACUGCACAAGAAGUUUCUUUUGGGUGAGACAUUUCAAAGUGAAAAGAAUACAUAUUGGCAUUGUGACCAGGAAAUUAUCAGUGCUGUCUGGACACUGGUCCGCAUGUGUGGCUCGGAUGAUACAAAUACUGUUAGAGUUUUGCUCUCUGAUUUCAUAUCUAGGGUUGGUGUUGGGGAUCCACAUGGUGUUGUUUUUCGUCUUCCAGGAAACUCUAGUGAUAUCCAUGUCUACCAACCUAUUAGUCAUGACUCUUCUACAGAAGUCAAAUUUUGGAUGGAUGCUGGCUUAUCUGAAGAACUUGUGGUUGCACUUUUGAAACUUCUGAAAAAGUACCUGAUGGAUGAUUCCGUUAAAAUAGUUGAUAUGACAUCUCAAUCUCUUCGGGGAAUUCUUUCAACUCAAAGGGGUCAAAGUACUAUGUUGUCAUUUGAUUCUUAUGAGAGGUCUCUUAUUGAGGUUCACUCAAAGGGUGUCAAUAUUGAGUUGGUGGAGAAGCUCCUUUUCGAUCUGGAAAUUAAGUUUAAAGCUGAAGCAAUUCCGUUAGAGAAUUCUACUGUAUGGGUGACAGAUGGUAAAACUUUCGAUACAUGGAUUUGUCAACUUGUCUAUUCACUAAUUGGCUAUUGCAGUGAUGUGAUUCUGAGAUUAUGUCAGGAUGUUGUGUUGGCAAAAGCUGAAGUUGCCGAGCUUCUAUUACCAAGCGUUGUUGUCAAUCUUGCUGGAAGGAAGGAUAUGGAUGUUGAUCUCCUCAAAUUAAUCUCUUUGCAGGUGCAGGAAUAUAUAUUUACAGACUCUAAUACGUUAAUCAAAUCAAUUCAAAUUUGGUUGAAUGCCCUUAAUGAACUUCGGUUAUGUCAUGUGAUGCAAAGAACUUCUUUGUUGCCAUCGAGGGCAGAAAUUUCCAAGAGUGCUAAGCCUUCUAGUUAUAGCUCCAAAUCCCGUUCCACCCCUGGAAAGGCUGGAGAUUCAGCUCCUGCGUUAAGUGGAACGGCAAUGGCGACGUCUUUAUGGGACAAGGUUUAUUGGCUUUCUAUUGAUUAUCUUAUCGUCGCCAAGUCAGCAGUUAUUUGUGGCAAUUACUUUACUGCUGUGAUGUAUGUGGAGCAUUGGUGUGAAGAGCAUUUCAACAGCCUCACACUGGGGAGCCCAGAUUUCUCUCACAUUGAAGCGUUGCCACAUCAUAUUGAAAUACUUGUCGCAGCCGUCACUCAGAUCAAUGAACCUGACAGCUUAUAUGGGAUCAUCCAGUCACACAAGCUGACCUCUCAAAUCAUUACCUUCGAGCAUGAGGGAAACUGGAGCAAGGCCCUUGAGUAUUAUGACUUGCAAGUACGUUCAGCUUCCUUGGUACCAGUGGAUUUUGGUUCCAGAAAUUUAUCCCUGGAAGAGACUCAACCAACAGAUCAUUUAUCCAAUCCCACAUUGGAAAAUGUGAUGAGGCAGAGGAAACCUUAUAAAGGUCUGAUUAGAUCUUUGCAGCAAACUGGUUGUAUGCAUGUUCUAGAUUUGUAUUGCCAAGGAUUGACAACUCGGAAGGGACACUUUCAUCAUGAUCUGGAGUUUACUGAAUUGCAGUAUGAGGCUGCUUGGCGUACUGCAAACUGGGAUUUCUCCUUACUUCACGUUGGGAAUAAUUCUAUUUCAUCAAGUAUGCACAUCAAAAGUGAUCAUUUUAAUGAAAAUUUGCAUAGUUGUUUGAGGGCUCUGAAAAAGGGAGAUUUCAAUGAGUUUCACAGAAAGCUGAAAAACUCAAAGCAGGAGCUUGUGUGUUGUGUUUCUCGUGCUAGUGAAGAAAGUACUGAACACAUAUAUUCAGCAAUAAUUAAGCUCCAGAUCCUUUAUCAUCUUGGCAUGGCUUGGGAUUUGCGUUGGACAUCAUCUCAUUAUGGUGAGGGUAUAAAUUCUUAUCCAGAGAUGGAAGAAGUGAAUUCUGAACCUGUAAUCCCUACCAUAAAUCAGUUAUCUUGGCUGAACAUGGAUUGGAGUUCCAUUUUGGAACGGACCCAGUUACACAUGAAUUUACUAGAGCCUUUGAUAGCGUUCAGGCGAGUUCUACUUCAAAUCUUAAGUUGUAGGGACUGUAUGGUGCAACAUCUUCUGCAGUCCACAUCUACCCUCCGUAAGGGUUCUAGAUUUUCUCAAGCAGCUGCAGCUCUGCAUGAGUUUAAGUUCCUCUGUGUCGAAUCAGGAGAGCAAGAUUCGUCCCUAUAUUGGCUUGGAAGGCUUGAAGAAGCUAAGCUUUUGCGUGGCCAAGGUCAGCAUGAGAUGGCAAUCAGCCUUGCAAAAUAUGUCUCACAAAAUUUCCUGUCAAAUGAAGAGUCUUCAGAUGUUCAUCGCUUGGUUGGGAAGUGGCUGGCAGAGACUAGAUCUAGCAACUCAAGAACUAUUUUAGAGAAGUAUUUGAAGCCUGCUGUUUCACUUACCGAGAAUCAGAAGGCUGCAGACAAGAGGUCCAGAGAUAGACAAAGCCGAACACAUUUUCAUCUUGCACACUACGCAGAUGCUCUAUUUAGGAGUUAUGAGGAAAGACUUACCUCUAAUGAGUGGCAAGCAGCUAUGCGUUUAAGGAAACACAAGGGGGAGAAGAUUGACUACUCUGUCAAAAUUCAAGAGCUGCAAAAGCAACUUGCAAUGGACAAGGAGGAGGCCGAAAAACUUCAGGAUGACAGGGACAAUUUCCUUAACCUAGCAUUGGAGGGAUAUCAACGUUGUUUGGUUGUUGGCAACAAAUAUGAUGUGCGAGUGGUUUUUCGGCUAAUUUCCCUGUGGUUCUCUCUCUCUUCUAGAAAAAAUGUCAUAGACAGUAUGCUUACCACAAUCACUGAGGUUCAGUCUUACAAAUUCAUCCCUUUAGUAUACCAAAUUGCUUCAAGAGUGGGUAGCUUAAAGGAUUGCCCUGGACCUCGUAAUUUUCAGUUUGCUUUGGUUUCUCUUGUAAAGAAAAUGGCUAUUGACCAUCCAUACCAUACUAUCUUUCAGCUUCUAGCAUUGGCAAAUGGUGACCGUAUCAAAGACAAGCAGCGCAGCAGGAACUCAUUUGUGGUAGAUAUGGAUAAAAAGCUUGCAGCAGAGAAUCUUUUACAAGAGUUAACAUCAUAUCACGGAGCUAUGAUAAAUCAAAUGAAACAAAUGGUAGAGAUCUAUAUCAAACUUGCUGAACUAGAAACAAAGAGAGAGGUGCCUGUUGUGACCGCUACCUUUUCAUUGACCGAGGUUGUCAAUACCAUGAAGGCUCUUUCCCCUACUCAAAGGAUUAGGAGAUUCAGUUUAGUAAUGAAUGGUGUAAAUGCUCCAAAGGUGGUCGAAUGCCUAGGUUCUGAUGGCUGCAGAUACAGACAGCUGGCAAAAUCUGGAAAUGAUGAUCUAAGACAGGAUGCUUUUUUUGGUUUAGUCAACCCUUUCUACGAACCACCGGGAUCAUGUGGCAACGAAGAUUCGGAGUGCGCACAUAACAGGUAUCUUCUUCUUUCAACACAUAAUGACAUAUCAGAUCCCAUCAUGAUCAAGGAGAAGGUAGUUCCCAUUUACUCCAAGUCUGGUGUGUUCUUAAUGGGUUGUGGCACUCUUCCUUCUGCAGAGAAAUGGAGGUGCCCAUGGUCGCUAAUGGGUGGGGGACUGGUCAUUUCAAAAAUGCGAGAACACGUGGCAAGGCAAGGAAAGGACAAGCGCAAGGCAUUCAGGAAGUUUGUAGGAAGUUCAGGUUCCAUUCAGACUUACAAGGACAUCAUUGAUGGACUGGGUGUCACUGGAGUGGAAGGGGUUUUCAGAAGAUGCUGGGAAGAGAAACUCUUUCUGUUAUGGAGGACAAAUAAAGACGCACUACUGCCAUCGUUGAAUGGGAUUUCUAUGCAGGUUUUUAUUCAUGAUCCACUUUAUAAGUGGGCUUUAUCACCUCUGAAAGCUUUGCAGCGUCAAAAGGAAACGGAUGACGACUUGAAUUUAAGCUGCGAAGGCUUGCAAGAUGGAUAUGAAGGUAAUAAGGAUGCUGCACGUGCGUUGAUGCGUGUAAAACAAAAACUAGAUGGAUACGAAGAAGGAGAGAUGCGAAGCAUACAUGGACAGGUUCAACAACUUAUACAAGAUGCUAUCGAUCCCGAGCGUCUUUGUCAACUGUUUCCUGGAUGGGGAGCAUGGUUGUGA